AUGCACAAGGUGAUAUCGAUGCUGCAAAGUAAAGGUCACAAGUUGGUGAAAUUCAAUAUCCCUGAUCCCGACAAACUGAUAAGCAUGUCUUCGACAGCCAUGUUUGCUAAUGGCGGUGGCACUCUGCAUAAAGCGUCUCAGAAUGAUCCAGCCAACUCCAGGCUUCGGAAACUUUGCUUCGCCCUCUCAUUGCCUGUUUUUAUUCGUCGCUCAGUCGCAUGGCUGAUCCACAGGUUUAUAAGUAGGCCUAUUGGUGCUGCAAUUCGAUCAUCAACUGGUUGUCAAAGCACGCAGGACGUUCUGUUUCUUCUGAAGGAAAUUAAUAACUAUCAAGUAGAAUUCGCCAAGGCCUGGUCAGAGGCCAAACUCGUUGUCUUAAUAUGCCCGGGGAUGCCGUUUCCCGCGCCUCUUGACACCACUCCUGAUAUGCUUAUUUCCGGUUUAACCAAUUACGUCCUACUCUACAACGUCCUUGACUAUCCGGCUGGAGUUCUUCCUGUGGCCAAGGUGAGUGCGGCAGACGUCAAAGCGUCAAAAGACGCAGAGGAGGAGUAUCGUCGAAAGGGAGAUUGGUUGAACGCGAAAAUAUCGAGUCAGCAGGAGGGUACACAGGGACUGCCGAUUGGGUUGCAGGUUGUGGGCAUCAUGAUUCCUUCAAUUUUUGGUAAAUUACGUUCGGCGAGGCGCACUGCUGAAGACAAUAUCCCAAAGGAAGUGGACCUGAUUACUUUUGAGGAGAUCUGUGAUCAGAUUCGCAAUAUUGAGAAAGCCGUUGCCAGAAAUGAGCUCUUUUUCAUGGGCCGAGUGCUUCGUAGCAUCCUUCCGAUUCGUCGAAGGCUCAGUAACAUCGUUUUGCGUGGUUUGGCCUACGCCUACAUUUUUCCACAGUCUCAACUGUGGUCAUACUUUAUGGAAUACCUUCCUGAGUUAAUGAAUGUUCCACCGAAAUUCGACUACGGAGAGUUUUGCAUGCCGAUCUCUCUUCUCCCAGAAGUCGUGGUUUACCUCCAUCUGUUGCUGCUCAUUUAUCUAAUAGACAAAAAUGACAUUAGGAAGGUGUGA